AUGGUCCCCACUGCCAUCGACUCCGAAUUUGGGGGAAGGCUUCUCCCCUUUUUCCUUUUGUUAUAUGUGCAUUUGGAGCUCGGCCAUCUCACUGACAGACUUGUCUCUAUCCGACAAACCUUGGAAGAAGUAGAAGAAGGAGAGCAGGAUUGUGGAGUCCUCCUCCUUCUACGCCUCACCAAGGCUCGGGUUGAAUUUAUACACUCGUAUGAAUCGAUGAUCGAUUCCUAG